UAUUAUAACGGGACAAUGUGUAAACAGCAGCCAGUGUGGGUUAUAAAACCGACAGUAUGAAACUUUGGCAGUCCUGGCAACCGGGCAUUUUAGGGACAUGGGAUUGUCUCUUAUGAUGAGUUAAUUCGGAGGAUGUGAGUUAUCUUUUAAGUCAGCAGAUAUGAUGGCUACAUGUAUGGACCUCCAGAUGCAAAGGCCAAGUCGUUUGUAGUUGUGGGACUCAAAGUGGAUCGUGUGUCGGCAUUUUGUACCCGGGCCUACAUGUGCGCUUAUCGAUUGAAGGUGAUCACCUAUUCUCAAGCUGUGAGGUACGUGCACUGUUGGAGCCAAGUGCCUCCAAACCGACCACUGACGUCGUACGUAGUUGAAAGGUACGAGGGACCUGACAACAAUGCUUUGACAAGGAGUAUACCUGAUAGACAUUACAGCGCCGAAAGAAACCAUCACGUGGGUUAUCUCUCCGGCUCUCACGACAAAAAUAAUUACAUGCAUUUCAGGAUUUGGUUCUUCUUGCUGAGUGACACUAAGCGGAAACGACGAUGUCGAUUAUCAUACCAAAAAGUGCUCAAAGAUGGCCGGUGGAACCAGAGCAGAAAGGCGACGGCAAGAAAAAGGAUGACAAGAAGAAAAUGAAACAGAGCAAGGCGUACAGCUCAGCCAAGACGCUGAACGACCGAGAGCAGCGACGGCUGGCCCUGACCCUGGACGUCUUCAAGAAAGACCUCCGAGCCGCAAACCAUCUGGUCAGCCUGGAGCAGAAGCAGCUUCGGCGGGAGCUACAGACCAUCAACCCAGAUAUCAAGAUGGACCCAGCUCGAGGGUUCUUCGUGCCCCAGGGAGUGACCCAGGAGCAGGCCGAGAUGCUGAAGGACAACAGGCGGGCCAGCGUGCCCGCGGCCACCCGCAGCAUCUCGCUGGCCGAGUUCGACGAGAUGCGGCAGAAGCGGAGCCAGCGCUCCCGGGAAGCCUUCGAGAGCUCCCGGGUGGUGGGCCCGGCGAGCCAGGCCCAGGGAGACGGGGAUGACACAGAAGACGGGAUGUUGAAUAGGGCGAGGAGGAGAGGCCGGAGGGGUGCCGUGCAAAUGCAGAACAAACCGGCCGCCUUCACGUCCAUGGCUCGUGUGAGCGUUAACGCAUUCGGCAGCGGAAACCAAGCCUCCCCGAGACAGGAAGCGUCUUCGUUGAGGAAACUAAACAAGAAACCUUAAAACCAAUGUCCACUGUGAAACCAGCCUGCUACCCCAAUUUACAGGUCCCUUAACAUUGGUUAAUGUUAACACGAGAAUUCCACGAUUAAAUACUUGCCAGGAAAACUUCAUGUUGCCUAAACAACCAAAGAACAGAGCUGAAGUAAGAAGCUAAAUUCUAGUUACAUUGCUAGAGUCGCAAGCUCAAUUCAUCUGCUAGAGCUUGAAGUUCCAUAUUUUAGCAAGCAGCAUUAACUUUAUGUCCAACGUAAGUUCUCUGUAGAAUUUACAAAUAAACACGAUGAAUUUUUUGUUCGCUGCUUCCAACAUGUACCAUAUACGCUUUUAACUCGAAAGCAAACAUCAACUAGAUAUAGAUGUUUGCCCAGUUGAGCCACCUGUCCAGCAAUUUGAAAACAAAAGUUAUCGAAACUAGUAUUAUUGCCACAAUGACAAGAGGCCUGGAUAGCUGUUGACCGAAUUCGAAACUAGAUGGAGUAGACAUUCCUGCUGGCGUCCGUUUGUGUGGAGGGAAAAUUUCCUGUUGGUUAACAACUUGAAAUGGUGUGGAUGAAAUCCCCUCCCCUAACUUAUGACAGGCUUCCUGUUCUGACAGUUUCUGAUGGGUACGAUAUCCACUCCCCUCCCCGUUGAACGCCACUCCAAUUUCCGAUAAAUGUCAUGUCCCUUUAAUAGGCUGAAUAGUGGCUGCAACACCGUCAGGGCUUUGAC